CUCGAUCGACUAGUUGCACUUCUGGAUCAGUGUCAGCAUGAUGAGCAUUCGAAUCAGGCUACUUUUCUCAGCGCUACUUCUGGCGAUUGCCCUUUGUCCAACUCAGCAGUUACACGCCGAGUGUGAUGGAGCCAAUAAAUAUGUCAUUCCAAACUUUAAGAGCAAUUGGUACAAGGCCAUGGAAUACUGCCAUUACCUUGGCCUUAGGCUAGUGACUGUGGUCAAUCUGGACGCGCAAAUGGCAAUCGUAAAAGCUAUUGAGAGCACCGACAAGGGUAACGGUACUACGUUCUGGACCGGCGGAAACGAUUUGGGUGAUGAUGAAAACUACCACUGGUAUUCGACGGGUACGAGGAUUACGUGGUUCAAUUGGAACGAUAAUCCAAACGACCGCUACAGUCAAAGACAAGGCAAUUGUGUGCAACUUAUCUUAAAAACUGAUUCUAAUGAAUGGCGAUGGAACACCGCCGAAUGCAGACACAACAAAUAUUUUAUUUGUGAAAGAGUUGGAAAUGUUUAAAUAAAUUCUGCAUAUUGGCAGUCCGACUAUAGUCCAAGAAUGAUAGGA